AUGUUCGCCAAAGGUAAAGGGACCGCGGUGCCAUCGGACGGGCAGGCUCGGGAAAAAUUGGCAUUAUAUGUCUAUGAAUAUUUGUUGCACGUGGGAGCUCAGAAAUCCGCACAGACGUUUUUAUCAGAGAUAAGAUGGGAGAAGAACAUAACCCUGGGUGAACCGCCAGGCUUUCUGCACUCUUGGUGGUGUGUGUUUUGGGACCUGUACUGCGCAGCACCCGAGCGAAGGGACACAUGUGAUCACUCCAGUGAAGCGAAGGCCUUCCACGACUAUAGCGCAGCUGCAGCACCAAGUCCAGUACUGGGCAACUUGCCCCCCGGUGAUGGGAUGCCAGGCGGCCCUAUACCUCCCGGAUUCUUUCAGCAGGGACCCCCUGGUUCCCAACCCUCCCCUCACGCUCAGCUCCCUCCAAACGCUAACAUGAUGGCCGCGCACGGACAGCCAUUUAUGUCACCUCGCUAUGCUGGAGGACCUCGACCGCCCAUGAGAAUGGGUAACCCGCCUCCAGGUGGACAGCCUUUACCUCCAAAUAUGAUGGACCCUACAAGACCAACAGGCCAUCCAAACCUGGCAUCCAUGCAGAGAAUGAACGCUCCACGAGGAAUGGGCCCAAUGGGACCAGGACCACAGUCUGACCCAUGGUUAUCACUACAGAACUAUGGUGGAGGAAUGAGGCCUCCAAACUCUAUGGGGCCGGGAAUGCCAGGAGUAAACAUGGUAGCAGGAGCUGGCAGACCGUGGCCGAAUCCUAAUAAUGGAAACACGAUCUCAUAUUCCUCUUCAUCCCCAGGAACAUAUGUGGGUCCUCCAGGAGGAGCAGGAGGUGGUGGAUGUCCUCCAGGAACACCUAUCAUGCCAAGUCCAGCAGACUCCACUAACUCGGGUGAAAACCUCUACACAUUGAUAAACUCAGUGCCACCAGGAGGAAACAGAUCCAGUUUUACUAUGGGUCCGGGGUCAGAUGGUCCAAUGGGAGGACUGGAGCCACAUCAUAUGAAUGGAUCAUUAGGUUCAGGUGACAUCGAUGGACUCACAAAGAACUCCCCUAAUAAUCUGAGUGGCCUGAGCAACCCUCCAGGAACACCACGAGACGACGCUGAACUGAGCGGAAGCUUCCUGCACUCCUUCCAGAAUGAAAAUUACUCACCAACAAUGACAAUGAGUGUGUGAAGGACAAACCCCAGCUCCAACUCCAGGGACCAACUUCAACGAGACCCAGAGUGAGUCAAACCUCACACUUAAUACCAACCAAAUCCUGCCGAAGCUCUGGGCGAACCAGGCGCUCCUCGUUCCAGCAUGAAUAGAUGAACUCUGCUUACAGGAAGGACCUGUCUGAGACGGGAGCUCCCCUCCCCUUCCACCUUUUACACCUCUUUUACAUUUUGUAUUGCUUUAUCAGAUGCCCCCCUCCACAGGACAAGACGACAUAAGCUUGUUUCUUUUCAGUAAGUUGAUCUGAAAUGGUCGGGACCAUGACAACAUUACACUGUGGAUGUAGUGCUGCAUACUAGAGCUUCUUCAGCGCAGACACAGCGUCUGUAUCACAUUCCAUUAGAGUAUUUUAGGAUCUAGUCUGAUAUUUUAAAAAACGUUUCAUAACCCCUGUCUCUCUGUAAUGACUUCCUUGACAAUGACUUACUCCAGAGGAAUGGCUUGGGCUACAGCAGAUGAAAUGCACUGACAGGAAUGGCAAUUAAUCUACUGUCCUUUAUUCCUUUCUGAUGCAUACUUAGGAACGUAAAGGACUGUUAGUAAAAGGUUUCUCCAUUUUGUUGUUUUCUAUUUAUGGAUUUUAUUGCUGAAGUCUUUUAAUAACAGCAGUGACACCUACUAUAAGACAAUUGUGGUAUGUGUCAUGUUUUCCAUAGAUUGACAUUAUUUAUUUAAUAGUUUGCCCAAAAAUGAAAACUGAGUCAUCGUUUAGGAUGUUCACCCUUUUUUGUAUUAAAGGUUUGAUUCGAUUAAACUAAAUUCUCUGAUAUUACUUUUAUUAUGCAGAUUUUUUAAAGCGAUAUUACUCCCAAACAUGAAACUUCCUUAUCAUUUACUCCAGUGCUUCUAAACCUCUUCCUUCUGUUGAACACAAAACUGUUCUGAAGAAAGUUGGAGGGAAUAAAGAUAAAUCAAUAAAUUGAGAUCUGUUUUAGGAACAAAAAAGUACCAUGGAAGUCAAUGGCUGGCUGCUUUUUUCCAAAAUUCUUCAGUAUAUAUUCCUUUGUGUUCAGCAGAAGUAACUCAAACAGGUUUGGAACAAGCGGAGAGUGAGUAAAUAUUGACGGAAUGUACAUUUUCGAGCAUUCAGACUCCAAACAAACAGUUCAGGAUCACUAAAUAAUUGAAAACAAACCUGUUUCUAUUCGCUUGCAGGUUAACUCCACUUGCAAGCAGACGCAAGUGUUGUUGACCUGAAAUAUGAAUGUAAAACAGACCAAAGACUUCUAAAACUACUCAACUCUCUGAGUAUUUAAUAAAAUGCAGAGUGCUCAGAACUUGUAAGGUGUUAAACUGACAUUUAGUGCCUAACUAAGCUGCUGACGCAUUGAAAACUGAAAAAAAUGUAUAUAUAUAUAUAUAUAUAUAUAUAUGUAUUGUGUGUAUAUAUAUAUAUAUAUAUAUAUAUAUAUAUAUACACACCUGAUUCAGAGCAUCAGCUAGUUUGCAGAGAAUGAAAGACCUGUAAUGAGUGUGAAAGACAAGGGAGAAAUCAAAAACAUACAGUGUUGGUGGUCCUCCAGGAUCGUGGUUGAGAAAAAGACUACACAGAAUGCUUUCAUAAAAACAUACACUAUGUUUCAAAUGCUCUAAUUGUAUGUCGGAUUCUAUGGAAAACCAAUUUUAUUUAAUCAAUCUUAUAACUAAAAUUCAGACCUUUUAUCAUUUGCUUUUGUCCAGCACUGCACGUUCAUGAGACUCUGUUAUAGCAUUAAUGUUUUCAAAAAAUACUUAAAAAACAAUGUGUAGAAAUCCUAAAAAAAACUGUUUUUUACAUUUUAGGACAUCCUCAGACCACAGUCAUACAAUGACAAGGCAUCAUACGUCAUAAUUUCAGGCAUCAUUCCUCAGACUAAAAGACUUUUGGUCUCAGGAAAAAUAAUGUCAGACGUUGUACAAUCUGACGUCAGACAAAAUGGACUUUGAAAUUUUCAUCUUCGUUUUGCCUGAUUCCUAAUUGUACGAGACCUCCUGGAG